AUGUCUUUUGUUACUGAUUCUACUUACUUUCUCAUUCUUAUCAUCUUUCUAACAUCUCCAUUACUUUCUCUUGCAGCAUCUUAUAAUGAGGAAGAUAAUGAACAACUAAAGACGUUCAUUGUUUUCGUCUCCAAACCUGAUAAGCCAUCCGUCUUUGUAUCUCAUCAUGAGUGGUACCAUGCAACUCUAGCAUCUCUUCCCAUACCUGCUUCUUCAUCUUUUUCUUCUUCAUCUAAUAAUCAACAUCAUAAGCCUCAACAAAUCAUCUACACUUACGACCAUGCAAUGCAUGGCUUCGCUGCUCGACUCACGCUUUCUCAAGCGUCUCAUCUACGCAAUGUUCCCGGAAUAGUAUCUGUCCUCCCUGAGCAAAUUCACGAACUCCAUACCACACAUACUCCUCAGUUUCUUGGUCUUGACGAUAAAGUCGGGAUCUGGCCGGAUUCAGGUUACGGUGAUGAUGUCAUUAUCGGUGUUUUUGAUACCGGGAUAUGGCCGGAACGACGUAGUUUCCAUGAUAAGGGCUUAGGUCCAGUACCUAAAAGAUGGAAAGGUAUCUGUGACGUAGGACCUGACUUUCCAAAAGAAUCCUGCAACAAGAAGAUAAUAGGUGCUAGGGCAUUCCUCGAUGGAUGUCAAGCGUUUAUGCUUGGAAGUAAAAUGAAUAUGAGCUCUUCAGAAACAAUAUCAGCCAGAGAUACAGAGGGGCAUGGUACACAUUGUGCAUCAAUUGCAGCUGGGUCUGGUGUUUCUAAUGCUUCAUUUGGUCCAUACGCAGCUGGAGUAGCACAUGGAAUGGCACCUAGGGCAAGAAUUUCUGUUUACAAGGUCUGUUGGCCAGGCGUUGGAUGUGCUUGCUCAGAUAUACUUGCUGCAUUUGACAAGGCCAUUACAGAUGGAGUUGAUGUGAUUUCUUUGUCAGUCGGGGGGACAGCUGUUCCAUUCUACAAGGAUACGUUCAUGAUUGGAGCAUUUCACGCUAUGCAGAAAGGGAUUAUUGUUUUAGUCUCUGCAGGAAAUCGUGGACCUGAACAAAAGACUGUAGGGAAUGUCGCACCAUGGGUGCUGACAGUUGGAGCAUCGACACUUGACCGAGAAUUUCCUGCAAAUGUGAUUUUAGGAGAUAAAACUGUUCUUCCUGGUGUCUCAUUGUUUUAUGGCAAAAGUCGACUAACAGAAUCUAAUAUACUAGUUUACGGUGGUGACUGUGGUAGUGAAACCUGCGAAGAAGGGAAAUUAGAUGUCAACAGAGUUAAGGGAAAUAUUGUUGUUUGUGAGAGUGGUGGUCCAAGAGCUGCUCAAGGGAAUGCAGUGAAAUUAGCCGGUGGAAUUGGAGUAAUUCAAGUGGCACCCAAAGAAAAAGGUGAAGGAUUGACUUCUGUUCCACAUCUAAUUCCUGGGACUAUGAUUACUUAUAAGAGUGGUCGUAAGAUUCGAGAUUAUAUAAGGGCGACAAAUAAAGCACAAAAAUAUUAUCCAGUAGCUGUGAUAAAAUUUAAAGGAACAUCAAUUGGUUAUUCACCAUCGUCUCCAAAAAUUGCCGCAUUUUCUAGUCGUGGUCCGAAUCCAAUAACGCCAGAGAUUCUUAAACCCGAUAUUAUUGCUCCCGGUGUAAAUAUCUUGGCUGCUUGGACUGGAUCUGUUGGUCCAAGCAAGUCGAAAGCGGAUACGAGACGGGUCAAGUACAAUGUAAUGUCAGGUACUUCAAUGGCAUGCCCUCAUGUUAGUGGAAUCGCUGCCUUGCUUAAAAGUGCACAUCCUACAUGGUCUCCGGGUGCAAUUAAGUCUGCCAUAAUGACAACUGCUUACAAUGUGGAUAAUUCGCGAAAAGAUAUCACAAGGCUUGCUGAUGGAAAAUAUGCGAGAUGGUUCGAGCUUGGGUCAGGUCAUGUUGAUCCAAACAAAGCCCUUCACCCAGGUUUAGUAUACGAUGUGGAAACUGAAGACUAUGCACAAUUCCUGUGCUCCAUUAACUAUUCUUCAACAACGAUCUCAAAGAUAUUCGUCCAUGAAAAGGUUGAUUGCAGUCGGUCUCAGAUGGCCAGUCCAGGUGACCUGAACUAUCCUUCAUUCUCUGUUGUUUUCAAAUCGGGAACUAAUAAAGUGAAGUAUGAAAGAACGGUCAAGAAUGUUGGACCGUCAGCAGACGCAGUUUAUAAGGUUAAAAUAAACUCUCCACCGUCUGUUAAAAUUACUGUUUCACCACAGACGCUUGUUUUCAGUAAGAAAAAUCGAUUUUUGUCGUAUAAAAUUUCAUUUUCAAGUAAGUUAAAUGUCAUGGAAGUAACAGGCUCGGGUCGAGACAAACAUUGGAGUUUCGGGUCCAUCGAAUGGACGGACGGAGAGCACAACGUGAGGAGUCCCAUCGCGUUUAUCUGGGAUUCUACUACUAGUAGUACCAGUACCAGCUUGAUAUCUUCAGUCUGAUGAGUUCAAUUCUAGUGUCUUUGUGUUUUAUUUUUUAUUUCUUGUACCGAGUUAUGGUCAUGUUAAAUUCCUUCUGUUUCUUUUUCUCAGUUUAAUGUUGUACUAUUUGUUGGGAUCUUAGUAAUGUAAUUUUAAAUAUAU